AUUACCUCAUAAAGUUGCAUUGGAACGUCUGAACACUCUUAGCUUUAUUUUUUUGUUUCAAUUUGAAUGGCUUUGCUUGAGAAGCGAAAAUCUACAUCCAAAUUGGAUGAUACGAUUCCUUUGAGUUGCGUUAUCGAGGGACGAGAUAAGAAAGAUUCCUACGUCGAAUACUGCAUCAAGGUCCAAAGAGGACCAAAUCCAGAUAAUCACUGGAAGGUUUCACAUCGGUAUAAUGAUUUUGACCUAAUGAAUAAAGUUCUUGAGACAUCUGGUGCCACUCUACCUCUACCACCAAAGAAAAUGUUUGGAAAUAUGGAUAAUGCCUUCAUUGCUGAAAGACUUACUGGGUUACAGCAAUACCUCAACUCCAUUACUCAAGAACCCAUGUUUGUUAGACAUGAAUGUUUCAAACAAUUUAUGGAUCCAAAAAACUACCCUGCUAACAUGCAAGAUGAAGCUGCAGAACAAGUUGCAAUGUUUUAUCGAUCUGAACCUUCAUGGGAGCUAGUUGAGAAUCUUCCAGAUAUUGGUUGGAGGAUCCGCAAACAUUACUUUCUCACUAAGUAUGCUGGGGCUACACAAAAAAAUGAUCGUCAAAUUUUGUCUUGGGUUGAAUAUGGGCCUGAUUUUUGUUUGUCCAAAGAUAAAGACCUUCCUGCUGCCAUGAAAUUACUAACAAAUAUUUUGCAUCCAUACAUAUGCCCUGUACGUAUUGCAACUGCCCAUGAGAAAGGUGCUGUUGUGGUGAGGGAUUUCAGACAGUCAGGAACAUUGAAGGAUUUUAUUUGUAAGGCGAAGCCAAAAGUAAGUCACCUAAAGAAAUACUGUUAUCCGAAAUUACCAGUUGCUAUGCAACUAGAGGACAUAAGAAGAUGUGGAAGACAAAUAUUAGAAGCUCUUAAAACUCUCCAGGACAAAGGCUUUCCAUAUGGUCAUCUACACACUGGAAAUAUUUUAAUGGAGGAAAAUGUUGCUAGGUUACUGGAUAUUGAAAAUAGUUUAUUGGGCGUGCCUUCAAUACACCGUCAUCAUUUACUGGAACUGAAGAAGAUUCAGGACUUGAAUCAGCAGGAUGUGUAUUGCUUUGGACACGUUCUUUAUGAAAUGUCGUUUGGUAAAGAGUUACGUGCACCAACCACAGAUGAAAUACCACCAAAUUGUCCGCCAUUACUUGAGCCAAUACUAAGUUCCAUCUUGAUGCCAGAUGCAUGCAAAGCUGGUCUUCCAACCGUCAAUGAACUUCUCCAACUUCCAUUUUUUGCCGAAGUACAGUUAGGACCAGAAGAGAAAAUGUCUUUGAAGAUUCCUUCCAAACUUAAAGAGGCUUUGAAACUAGUCAAAGAAGGCAUUGAGCAACGUCUUAAAGAAGAUCAGAAACUUUUGAGUCAAUUUCGAAGAUAUUCUAAAGCCCAGGCCAAAGCCACAUCAAAAGAAGAAAAAGACAAACGUCGACAACAGAGAAAGCAUCUAAAGAAACAAGAAUCUCUCGCAGAAAAUCCUACAUCAAACAGUACCAAAGCAACAACAAAGAAAGCUCAUUCGGUAGAUAGCAAUGGUGCAUCAAAAGCUCCUGCCGUCCCUGCCCCACCUUCAGCACCACCACCACCCCCUGCAACCACCUCUAAUGGCCCUCCACCCUCAACAAAGGGUAGAGGGGCUUUGUUAAGCUCUAUUUCUUCAUUUAAGAAGAACAAUUUAAAGACGACUCGAACGAAUGAUAGAAGUGGCCCAAGAGUAUAGUUUGUUGUAUUCUACUAAAUGUAGCUAAACACGUUUCUCCACGUGAAUUUUUUAAACAAAAAUUUAGAAACGCUUAAUUUUUACAGUCUGAGCUUGAUUUCAAAGAGUACUUUAAAGCAAAUUUUUUGAGAGUUUCGUUUAUCUCUUUGAUGUCAUGUUCAGGGGAAUACGAGCGAUAGUUCAGAAUGAGAACGAUGUGUGAAAACAUGAUUUGAUCUAUAGCAGCUAGUGUAGCUAUUUUCGUCCUGGGUUUCUCAGGCUGGCCCGAGUCUGCUAGCAGGCGUGGUCUCUCCUAGGAGAAUAAUCAGAAUGUGUUUUCACUUAGUGUUAUUAAUUACUAUAAAACAACUUGAGUAUUUCUAGCAAUUUGGUUGGUUGAGAACUUACUAAAUAAACGAAUGACAUCACAAUGUCGACAAAUUAGAAAAAUAAGUUUAAAAUGUAGUCAGUUGAUGUGCAAGAAUAAGAGAAAAAUGGCAUUUUUACUGUGUGUAUGUGCACGUGUACCGUACUGUAUUAGUGCGCAGAAGACGCCAGAUGAGUAAAAAACGAAGUCAAGAAACCUCACCUACACCUCGUGGGUAAGGUAAUGCUACCUUUCCAACCAGGACGUCAUCCGUGUACUAUGACAGUACACACGCGCACACACAGGAUAGAAAUCUAUUCCGCUUCCUCAAAUAUUAGAUAGUUAACUACCGUUUUAAAUUCCUUGUAUAUAUAAAAAUAAGAUUAAUAGAUUGUAUUUGUGAUCAAUUUUCU